CAGAUAUUCGCGACGGAAGUAGUUCCGGAUGUAGUGCACACGUGAAAAACACUACUGGUGCUCACGAUUUGGGAAUAUGACAUGAUGAUACAAACCCACUGGGUCAGUUUAAAGUGAAUUUGAAUUUCGGCGUCAGUUGUUUUGAGAAGAAUAAGGUCUUAAAUCACAGAUCUCAGAGGUGUGAAGAUGGAGGGAAAGGAGCAGAAACGGCAUCAGCAGAAGCAAAGUGGCCCCAAGGCUGAAAAGAAGAAGAAGAGGAAGCAGAAGGAUCAGGGUGCAGAGCUGGACCAGGAUGAGCGCAAAAGAAAUCCAAAAGCCUUUGCGGUGCAUUCGGCCGUGCGCAUGGCCAGGACCUUCCACAGGACCCAAGACAUAAAAACUAAGAAACAUCAUAUACCUUUGGUAGACCGCACACCUUUGGAGCCACCACCUGUCUUGGUGGUUGUGAUGGGGCCUCCGAAAGUGGGCAAGAGCACCCUCAUCCGUUGCCUGAUCAAAAAUUACACACGGCAGAAGCUUUCAGACAUCUGUGGCCCUGUAACAAUAGUAUCAGGGAAGAAACGGCGUCUGACCUUUAUUGAGUGUAACAAUGAUAUCAAUACCAUGAUAGAUUUGGCAAAGGUUGCAGACCUGGUCCUGAUGCUGAUAGAUGCUAGUUUUGGCUUUGAGAUGGAGACCUUUGAGUUCCUCAACAUCUGUCAGGUUCAUGGUUUCCCUCGUGUCAUGGGGGUGCUCACACAUUUGGACUCCUUCAAAAAUACGAAGUCACUCAAUAAGACCAAGAAACGCCUCAAACAUCGCUUCUGGACUGAAGUGUACCAGGGAGCCAAGCUGUUUUACCUGUCUGGGAUGGUGUAUGGCGAGUACCAGACACAGGAAGUGAAGAACCUUGGACGAUUCAUUUCAGUCAUGAAGUUUAGACCCCUGGUGUGGCAAACCUCUCACUCUUAUGUUUUGGCUGAUCGGAUGGAAGAUCUAACUGAUCCAGAGGCUAUUCGAUUAGAUCCUAAAUGUGACAGAACUGUCUCUCUGUAUGGCUACCUGCGUGGGACAUUCCUGAAGAACAAAGGCCAGGUUCAUAUUCCAGGAGUAGGAGACUUCUCUGUAUCCGACAUCAGCUUUCUUCCUGACCCGUGUCCGCUGCCGGAGGUGCUGAAGAAGAGAGCUCUGAAUGAGAAAGAGAGACUGCUCUACGCACCCAUGGCAGGGGUUGGAGGAGUGGUGUAUGAUAAAGAUGCAGUGUACAUUGACAUGCCUGUUGGCCACGUCAAACAGGACCAGGAGGAGGUGCGUCCUGCCACAGAGCUGAUGCAGUCUCUCAUGGGCACACAAGCCACUCUGGAUGUCAAGAUUGCUGCCAGUAAAGUUUCACUGUUCACAGGAACUGCAGCACUGACUCCAGAGGAAGUGCAGGAGAAAAGCGGAAAGGAAGGACCUGUGGAGAGCCGAGUGUGGGACCCGGUCACUCGGAGAGAGAGGAGGAAAGCUGUCUUUAGUGACGAAGCAGAGAAAGACAAUGGAGAAGAAAGUGACGAGGAAGAGUCAGAUGAAGAAGGUGAAAGCAUGGAGGAAAAGGCAGAUGAGGAGGAGGAGGAGGAAGAUGAUGCUGAAGAAAAUGAUGAUGAUGAUGAGGAGGAGGAGGAUAGAGCUGAUGAGAGCAAACUGGACAAGAGUGAAGUGGCAAGGGAUGGAAGGAAAAUGGUGAAAGAGGCAGCUCCUCCCAUAAAGAGACAGAAGCUGGAGGAAAAUGGAAAAGACAGCAGGCCUGUGGUAGAGAUGCCUGUAUUUGCAGACAGUGAUGAUGACCUAGAGAAGAGUGAUGAAGAAGAAUCAGAAGAAGAAGAGAUGGAUGAGGAUGAAGAAGAAGAAGAGGAGGAGGAGGAAAUGGAGGAAGAGAAACAGAAUCCUCAGAAAAGAAGCUCAGCACCUCCAGACUCUGGUCACUGCUCUGAGGAGGACAGUGAUGAUGAUGAUGAUGAUGAUGAUGAAGGAGAGGAAGUGCAAGGUGAUAGCGACUCAGAAAUGGAAGAACAAUUAAAUGUUAAACCAGCCUUAAGAGAGGCUGCAAAGCUAAAGAUGGCUUCUGGUGAGGAGGAGGAGGAAGAGGAGGAGGAAGAGGAGGAGGAGGAAGAGGAGAUGGAUGCUGAAGACGAAGGAGAGCUAGGAUCUGAAACUGCUGGAGCACUACGCUGGAAAGAAGAUUUGACCCGGAAAGCCAUGGAAGCGCAUCAGAGACGACAGCGUGCUGCGCCUAACCUACGCAAGCUGGUGUAUGGCACAGUGGUGGAGGUGGAGGAGGAAGCAAACAGUGAGGAGGAGGAGUUGGGUGGGCUGUUCCGAGUUAGUCGGCCAGAGAAGAGUAAGAGAGUAAGAGCAGAUGCCGUGGACUGCUCACGUUUCCAGCCUGAUGCAAGCCAUGACUGGGACCAGGAGGAGAUGUUGGCCUCCAUAAGGGACUGCUUUGUAACUGGAAAAUGGGAAGGAGAUAAAGAUGCUGCUACUCUUCUUAAAGAGGAUGAUGAAAUUUAUGGAGAUUUUGAGGACCUGGAAACUGGAGAAGUUCACAAAGUAAACUCUGGGAAGGGAGAUGAAGCUGAGCAGGGAGAUGAUGAUGAGGGAGAGGAGGAAGAGGAGGAAGAAGAGGAACCCAAAUUAGUGAAGGUUGAUGAUGAAGAAGCUCAGAAAAACAAGCGCCUGGAAAAGAAGAAGAGACUGAAGGAGAGGUUCAAUGCGGAAUAUGAUGAUGGAGAUGCUACCUACUUUGAUGACCUCAAAGAGGAGAUGCAGAAGCAGGCUGAGCUGAACAGGGCUGAGUUUGAGGACAUGGAUGAUGAGACUCGUGUUCAGUAUGAGGGCUUCAGGCCUGGCAUGUAUGUGCGUGUGGAAAUCCCUGCGCUUCCCUGCGAGUUUGUUACCAACUUUGACCCACAUUAUCCAGUCAUACUCGGUGGCUUGGGAGCCAGUGAAGGCAAUAUAGGCUAUCUGCAGAUGCGUUUGAAGAAACACCGCUGGUAUAAUCGUAUCCUGAAGACCCGUGACCCACUCAUUCUGUCGUUAGGCUGGAGACGUUUCCAGACCAUUCCUCUCUACCACAUUGAAGACCACAAUGGCCGCCACCGCCUGCUCAAAUACACUCCUGAGCAUAUGCACUGUGGCGCCUCUAUCUGGGGACCUAUCACACCCCAGGGGACAGGCUUUCUGGCUGUUCAGAGUGUUGCAGGGACUCAAGCAAAUUUCCGCAUUGCAGCCACUGGAGUUGUUUUGGACUUGGACAAAUCUGUGACCAUUGUGAAGAAGCUGAAGCUGAUUGGAUACCCGUAUAAGAUUUUUAAGAACACCUGCUUUGUCCAGGGAAUGUUUAACACAGUGCUGGAAGUCGCAAAGUUCGAGGGUGCCUCUAUCCGCACGGUCAGCGGGAUCAAAGGUCAGAUUAAAAAGGCUCUGCGGACACCGCCUGGAACCUUCCGAGCCACAUUUGAGGACAGACUCCUCAUGAGUGAUGUUGUGUUCCUGCGUUCCUGGUAUCCAGUCUCAGUUCCUCAGCUGUAUAACCCAGUGACAUCUCUGCUGAUGUCUGUUGGUCAGAAGGACACAUGGAUGGGUAUGAGGACCCUUGGGCAGCUUAAACACGACUUGGGAAUAAGGAACCAACCCAACCAAGACUCUCUGUACAAGCCGAUUGUGAGACAGAAGAGACACUUCAACAUCCUCCAUAUCCCCAAAGAGCUGCAGAAGGCUUUGCCGUUCAAGAGCAAACCCAAACACCUGGAGGCCAUGGGCAAAACCCCCCGCGACCUGCAGAGACCCGUCGUGAUCCGGGAGCCCCACGAAAGGAAGGUGGCAGCAUUGCUCGAUGCACUGAGCUCAGUCUACUCUCACAAGACGAAGAAGGCUCAAGCAGAGCAGCGCAUGAAGCACAAAGAAUUCCUGAAGAAGAAGGAGAAGCAGGAGGCAGAGAAGCUGAAGAGGCAGAAGGAAGAGCGAAAAAAGGUGUACCGUGCUAUGGGACAGAAGGAGAAGAAGAAACUCAAGGCCAGUCUGAAGGGAGCUUCUAAGGAUGACUGAGCAGCUGCUGGACCUCAGCUCUGAGUCCACUGGACCCCUAUAGUCUGGCUGUGAGUCACUGAGAGUCUUUACACCAGCUGAUGUGUAGGCUCUCGUGUGGAGAUUUACAAUGUUGUGAGACAUGGAGCUGAGUCUUGUAUGUAUUUAAAGUUACAAACAAGAAUCAUGUGCAGUGAUGCUGCUUGCCAGCUGUUUGUGAGACUCAAAUGUGAGAAUUAUAGUCACCAUCCAAAUGUGACAGUCACACUUGUCUUGGAAAUGUGGAUGACUAUGUAGAUUUCUUGGUUUUCUUAUUCCUGCAAGUCAUGUCAGUUUGACACCAUGUAAAUGCUUUGUAAUGUUGCUUUUAAUAAAAGUAACUUGUGUA